CACAGCUCCGGUUUAGCUGCUAUAAUAUCCUGUAUGUUACAGUCACUGGGUCAUUGUGUAAAUAAAUACAGCCUGUUGGCUAACAUCUGCUAACAUUGCGCUCAGAGAAAAUGUAGCUUUCAUGGUUUUAUGUUAAUGUGCGUAGGCGUCAGUUUUUGUAAAUAAAAUGGACUUUUCCAUUUCCUUAAAAUAAGUUACCUGGCGCUAAUUAUACAUGCAUAUGCAUACAUUUAUCCUCAUAUUGGGCACACUAGGACACGUCUGGACUGUUGUAGCCCGAAGAAGCUACCAUGAAGAUUUACAGUAUAUUCGUAAUUGCUGAUUUAUUUUGACUCAACUCAGGGGCGUUUUAAGGGACUAUGCGGCCCCAGCUAAAGGGAGCUUAUGGGGCUUUUCUACCUCAGGCUUUUGUUCAGUUGACUACAGUUUUUGACACUAGUGUACUUGAUAAUGAUUCAGUUGUUGCACUUGCUGACUUGUAAAACCAGAAUUGGAUGUUAAUGUCUAAAGCGUUAAGGACACACAUGAUGUGUUUCAGGGUUUGUAUUUUAGGACGUUUAGAUCCUUUAUUUGCUAAGGAAACCAUACAGACCUACUGAUCUUCUUCUGGCAGGUAUUUAUUAGUGGGAUUGCUGCAGACAAUCCACUUUAUGUUGUUCUUUUGUGGUCAUGUUUCAUUCUUCCUUAUUAAUUCUUCUGUUUUGUUUUUAUUUCAAUAGCACAACUUCAUUCAAAGGUCAUGAAGAAAAAGAUUUCAAGCCUCUCCCUCGUGUUAACAGACACACUGUUUUCUGGAUCAUGGCGUCUGUAGGUGUGACCUACUAUGUGGAUUUCUUCCGCAACAUCAUAGAGAACGAUGAUAUUAAAAGUUGGUGGUUCAAUGUGGGUCUGGCACUGCUCGGGGUCUGCCUCACUCUGGCCACGUUCUGCAUUGUGUACCUGGAGUGGGUCAAAGGAAUCCAGCACUAUGACCUAGAAUACCCGGCCAUUCCACCCCUCGCCACCGCAGCCUUUAUUGCCGCAUCAUGCAGCUUUAACAUAGCUCUGUGGCCAGUGUGGGCUUUCUUCACCCCACUCAUCCUCUUCACACAGUUCAUGGGUGUUGUCAUGUUCAUCUCUUUACUUGGAUGACUGACAGGUCCAGCAUAACAACAUUUUUUUUUACCACGCAGUUUAGUUUUGGUUUUAAAUAAUGUUUCUCUGUGGCUGACACAUCAAGUCAACACUGUCAAGCUCUCGCACGCCUUCAGAAUAAAAGCACUUAUAUGACAGGAACCCACCUGUAAUGAAGAUGGAAAGAACAGGGCUGUUUUAGAAUGGUAUGCCAAAGUCCAUAGAUAAAAUCAGUGAUUUUUGAUUUGUGACCUCGUGAACUAAAAACACGGAUACUCUCUAUGCAGUUUGGUGUUGAAACUUGAGUUUCCAGUCAGAAGAAGGCUGGCGGUGAGUGUCAGUCAGUGCAGUGUGGACCAUGCAUCAGUAAUAAUGACAGUAAAGUUUUUUUCAGAAUAAGGUCAAAGGUCAGAUUAUUGUUGUCUGCUGUAAUUAAUUUUUAUCAUGCACACCUGUUGAUCUCCUGUGAAUUGUGUGUUUGUGUGUGUGGACAGAACUUAAGUUUUUUGACCAUUUGUAACUCACCAUUUGUAUUUUUUUUUUUUUUUUAUUCAUGCAGUUUGUGGUGAGGUGUGUAAAGAUGUCUGCUUCUAAAGUGUUUUUGUCUCUAAUAAAACUAUUGUUGCUAUAAGCUACAAGCACAACA